ACAUUAUUCUUAGCGUCCCUUGCGGUCCUUUUCUCUCUCUCUCUCUCUCUCUCGCGCUCAGAUUUCUUGUCGAAGAACCUUCAAGUUCAUGGAACGACGUUUGUAACAUCUGCAAAAUCUAUUCCAAUCUUUCAGAGUCUGAGUGAAGGGGAAAAUUAAACUGAGUAGCCAGCAAAUUCAUAAAACAAUUUAGAUGCUUGGUUGUGAGGGAUUGGGAGGGAUUCUUAGGAAGAAAGCUGGGACUAGUGAGUUGGAUGUGUUCUAUCCAAUUACAUCAGAAUGCCACGCUGACGUCCCAAAGACCCGUUUUAAGUUGAGGGCUGGGAAAACCCUUAGCGCAAGAAGAUGGCAUGCCGCAUUCUCUCAAGAUGGGCAUUUGGAUAUAGAGAAAGUGCUUAGAAGGAUUCAACGAGGGGGUGUUCAUCCUUCAAUCAAAGCGGUAGUCUGGGAGUUCUUGUUAGGUUGCUUUGAUCCUAACAGCACAUUCGAAGAACGGAGUCAGCUCAGGGAACGGCGUAGGGAGCAGUAUGGGACAUGGAAAGCUGAAUGUCAAAAGAUGGUUCCAGCUAUUGGUAGUGGAAAGAUUAUUACAGCACCUAUCAUAAGUGAUGGUGGCCAAACAAAAGAAGAGUCUUCGACAAACGGUGAUUUGCAGGAUAAAAAUGGAGUUAUGUCUACACACCUAGAUUCUUCUUUGGAUUGUGAUGGGCAUGUGAAUAAUGCUGUCUCAGACAGUGAAGUGAUUCAGUGGAAACGUACCUUGCUUCAAAUUGGCCUGGACGUUGUUCGAACAGAUCGAGUGCUUGUCUUUUAUGAGAGUGAAACUAAUCAGGCAAAACUUUGGGAUGUUCUUGCUGUUUAUGCUUGGGUGGACAAUGAUAUUGGUUAUAUUCAAGGAAUGAGUGAUAUUUGCUCACCAAUGGUAAUUCUUCUUGAAAACGAGGCAGAUGCCUUCUGGUGUUUCGAGCAUGCAAUGCGAAGGCUGAGAGAAAACUUUAGAUGCAGUGCAAGUUCCAUAGGAGUGCAAGCUCAGCUGAGUACACUCUCACAGAUAAUCAAAGUCAUUGAUCCAAAGCUUCAUCAACACCUUGAGGAUCUAGAUGGUGGGGAAUAUUUGUUUGCAUUUCGCAUGCUGAUGGUACUUUUCAGGAGAGAAUUUUCCUUUGUGGACACAUUGUAUCUUUGGGAGCUGAUAUGGGCCAUGGAAUACAACCCAAACAUCUUCACAUCAUAUGAAGGGCCAAGAGAUGCUGUGGAUGGUGGUUUUGCACCCAAAAUAAAUCACAAACUGCUGAAGCAAUAUGGAAAAUUCGAGAGGAAGAUCGUAACGACUGGACGGAGAGACCAACACAGUGCACUUGCUGUUUUUCUUGUUGCAAGUAUUCUUGAGACCAAGAAGAAGCGACUUCGAAAGAAAGCUAAGGGUUUGGACGAUGUUGUCAGGAUCUUGGGUGACAUAACUGGAAAUCUGGAUGCUAAAAAAGCAUGUAAGGACGCAUUAAAGAUUCACAAAAAGUAUUUGAGCAAGACCAACAAGUCAUAAAUAAAGUUAGUGAUCAUCAAUCAACUCCCUACCUCAGCGGCAUUGGCAGAGGGUUCACUUUGCAGAGGAUUUAACUUGAUUUUUUUUUUGUAGAGUUUCGUUCGGCCAUAGUAACUCUCUCAUGUUGAUGCCAAGUUUGGAAAUUCAAAGUUAGUAUUUGGUGGUAGGCUUUGUGCUCAAGAUGUUGAUAUGAUAUACUUCUGCAGCAUCAUGGUUUUAGCAGUUUUACUUGAGAGCCAUAAACUCUUCUUUUCUGCCCAAGAUGAUAUGAUAUUGUAUGCAAAGCUAUUGAAACAUAAAUCAAAAUUUGGGCAAAUUUACCCAAAUCUUAAAGGCCCAGAUGCAUUUUCUAAGACAAAUAUUAUUUCUUCCAUUUAAGUUUACA